UGGUGAAUCUACGUAAUUUUGACCUGCUUCUGUAUAUUGAAAUAUGUUUCGAAGGGCGUAACUCUUUCUUAAUUUUUUCAUUGGAAAAGUUAAAAUCACAAGUACUAUCCUUGUAUUUUAUGUCUUGCUUGCGCUUUUGUUAUGACGGUUCACUUUUAUCACGGUUAUAGUGACUAUAACCUAAUUUGAACAGUUUCUUUUUGUAGAAUUUGCUUAGUUUUGUUGACAUCCAAUAAUUUCUAGGUAUAAAUAUGCCUUCCAAAAAGAAAAAGUACAAUGCGAGGUUUCCGGCCGGUCGCAUUAAGAAAAUUAUGCAAACAGAUGAAGAAGUGGGCAAAGUCGCGCAAGCUGUACCUGUCAUUAUUUCUAAGGCCUUAGAGAUGUUUAUCGAGUCCCUGUUGAAAAAGUCAAUGCAGAUAACAGUGACGCGGAACGCGAAAACGUUGACACCGUCUCACAUGAAGCAGUGCAUUUUGUCCGAGAACAGGUUUGAUUUCUUAAAAGAUCUGGUCAAGAAUGUCCCAGACGCUAGCAUACAAGAGGAUAACGAAAAUAAUGCUCUAGUUGAGUCGAUGAGUGGUUUCGACAAAGCGGAUGAUUCGAAUUCAGUGGAAAUAUGUUCGUCGCCUGACGUGCGGGACAAUUCACCACCUCCGCCGGCAUCCCUCAGGGCUAAUUUCUAUUCAGAACAGAGUACCUCCACGGCCACUACGAGAUCGCCAGUUAUUCAGUUUGGACCCAAAGCUAAGGAGAGCGCGAAAUUGAAUUUCUCAGUGAGUAGUAUAUUGAAUGAACCAAAAGAGACGCCCAAGGUUCACCUGACGAUAGCUUCACAAGAACUGUCACAACCCCGAUCAGUACCAGUUAGUAGCGCUGUUAAUUUUCUGCAAAAUUUAAAUCCUAGCGGGAAUAUACCUCCCCUGGUACCGAUUUCAGGGGCCUAUUGUGCGCAAAGUGCUGGCGAUAAUUUGUGUAUUGAUGAGGAUUACGAUAACUAGGUUUGGUAUCUUUAAUAUAAUGUUAAAUGGACACUAGGUAUACUACCUAUAUAUUAAGUCUUAACAUUUAGAGAACUAGUAAUUUAUUGUUACCUGAUUUUCAGAGGAUAUAACCAUCAAAUUUUGUGUAAAUAAAUACGGGUAUAUCUAGCGUCCCGAACUUUUAUCAUAAUGUUAAUCUUUUCUAAGACAUUCUCAUAGUCGUCCAUAUUUAGAGAACUGAAGAAUCGUGUUGCGUAUAACUGUUAAGUCUCUCUUGAGAAAAGGUAUUGAAAACUGUUUUUUACCCACUUGACAAUGUUCCAUUUCCACUUUACCAAAAAAUAGAUGUUUCAAUGGUAGGAAAGCAAUAAUAUUGGAAAGAAAUAAUCCUAGUUGUAUUCUGUUAUGUAUGAAUCAUGUAAGAAAGCAAAAAAUAUUUUCCUUAAU